GAGUCGCCUCCUCAAUACCAAGUGAGGAAACCAGGGGACGCAGUUGGGAGGGGCGUGGGGCUCGACCGCGUAGCUGCCGCUUCUGUUACCUUCCUCUCAUGGUCUCCUUCCGGUUCUCGAUGCUUCUCUGAGUCUAAGAGUUUCCGCCACUCGUCUACCCUUCCCCCACAGCCCAUGACCCGCCUCCGUCCCCCGCCCUCCUGGUCCAACCUCCAGUUUCUUUAGUAAGAAGGCGCUGUUCCGAAAAGGAGAAGGAAGAGGGGUUGGCAGACUGAGAGUCGCUCAGCCCUGGACGUGGGAAGCCAACCGCCUGCCUUCACCCUCAGAUUCGUCCUGUGCUCGCGACGGCGGCGUUGGCGGACUGAUACGCGGCGGUGAAGAGGCAGGAGGGGGGGGAGGGGCGGAGCGUGGCAGCUGGCAGUAGUUCCGUCAGAGCGGACAUCUUGUGGCUGUGUCGUGCGCGUGAGCCCCGUAGGGCCGGGGAGGCACCAGCUGCCGCGCGGGGAGGAGGCCGAGGCCGCAGCUUGAGGGAGGCCCCGGCCCCUCUGUACGCGUGGGUGUGGACGGCUAGGGGAAGGGAAGGAAGGCCGGCCCAGUGGCUGGCCGGGUAAGAGGGGAGAUACGGGCCCCGGGUGGCUUGAGCUUCCAGCCUUUGGCUGGGUGGGGUAGGGUGGGAAGGCUGGAGGAGCCGCGGCCCCUUCUGCUGAGGAGGAGGGGGAAUGGGCGCGUCCUCGUGCGGGAGCCGGAGCCUCGGGGGCAGCACGGGCGCGUGGUGGUGGCUGGGCGGGCGCGCGCCCGAGAGCGCGCUGGAAGGCGGAGUGUACGGUGGCGUCAGGGGCGACAUAGAAUAGCUCCGGUUGCGGGGACGGCCUCACACUGCAAGCCCGUCUUCCUUUAUUUCCUUCGCUUCCUCGGCCGCACCUUUGAGCUGAAACCGAAAGAAGCCCGGUAUCGGGCUCGAGCCUCCCGCCGCCCCCUCCCCCUUGCCUUUCUUUGCCCUAGUGACGCCGGCAUAGCGCCGACUAGGCCCCGGCUCCUCCUCUGCUGGGCUCCGGACCCUGCCCCGCACCCACCCCUUUCUCCGACGCCUCUUCCUCUCCCACUCGGGUCUCUUCCUUUCGCGAGGCCGGGGAGUUAAAGUUGUAGCCGCCCCUCGGCUCUUCCCCUCGCCCUCGCCUUCGCCUUCACUCUGGGCCGAGAGCGGGGCCUAGAGGCGGCGGCGAGUGGCUGUGCCGCGCCACCCCACCCACUCCGGACCGCGACCGUGUUUAGGGACCUGGACUCGUCAGGGUCUCUCCGGGGCUGGCGCGAGUGCUGAUCUAGUCCGUUUUUGCGAAAGGCGCCUAUAUCUGGCAGAGCCGCUGUGAGACGAGACAAUCCUUCCCCGCCACCCGGAUAAUCAGGAGUUUGGGCCGGACCUUUGAGCACACACCGAGAUAGUGAGGAGCCAGACGAAAAGCACAGACUAUGGCGCUGAAACGGAUUAAUAAGGAACUUAGUGAUUUGGCCCGUGACCCUCCAGCACAGUGUUCUGCAGGUCCAGUUGGGGAUGAUAUGUUUCACUGGCAAGCCACAAUUAUGGGGCCUAAUGACAGCCCGUAUCAAGGCGGUGUAUUCUUUUUGACAAUUCAUUUUCCUACAGACUACCCCUUCAAACCACCUAAGGUUGCAUUUACAACAAGAAUUUAUCAUCCAAAUAUUAACAGUAACGGCAGCAUUUGUCUCGAUAUUCUAAGAUCACAGUGGUCUCCUGCUUUAACUAUUUCUAAAGUUCUUUUAUCCAUUUGUUCACUGCUAUGUGAUCCAAACCCAGAUGACCCCCUAGUGCCAGAGAUUGCACGGAUCUAUAAAACAGACAGAGAUAAGUACAAUAGGUUAGCAAGAGAGUGGACAGAGAAAUACGCUAUGUUGUAGGGUACAACAGAAUAUCUCGGGAAUGGACUCAGAAGUAUGCCAUGUGAUGCUACCUUAAAGUCAGAAUAACCUGCAUUAUAGCUGGAAUAAACUUUAAAUUACUGUUCCUUUUUUGAUUUUCUUAUCCGGCUGCUCCCCUAUCAGACCUCAUCUUUUUUAAUUUUAUUUUUUGUUUACCUCCCUCCAUUCAUUCACAUGCUCAUCUGAGAAGACUUAAGUUCUUCCAGCUUUGGACAAUAACUGCUUUUAGAAACUGUAAAGUAGUUACAAGAGAACAGUUGCCCAAGACUCAGAAUUUUUUUAAAAAAUGGAGCAUGUGUAUUAUGUGGCCAAUGUCUUCACUCUAACUUGGUUAUGAGACUAAAACCAUUCCUCACAGCUCUAACAUGCUGAAGAAAUCAUCCGAGGGGGAGGGAGAUGGAUGCUCUUGUCACAUCAAAGGAAACAGCAUUAUUCUAGCAGCAUCCAUUCUUGUUUAAGCCUUCCACUGUUAGAGAUUUGAGGUUACGUGAUAUACUUCAUGCUCAUAACUGAUGUGGCUGGAGAAUUGGUAUUGAAUUUAUAGCAUCAGCAGAACAGAAAAUGUGAUGUAUUUUAUGCAUGUCAAUAAAGGAAUGACCUGUUCUUGUUCUACAGAGAAUGGAAAUUGGAAGUCAAACACCCUUUGUAUUCCAAAAUAGGGUCUCAAACAUUUUGUAAUUUUCAUUUAAAUUGUUAGGAGGCUUGGAGCUAUUAGUUAAUCUAUCUUCCAAUACACUGUUUAAUAUAGCACUGAAUAAAUGAUGCAAGUUGUCAAUGGAUGAGUGAUCAACUAAUAGCUCUGCUAGUAAUUGAUUUAUUUUUCUUCAAUAAAGUUGCAUAAACCAAUGAGUUAGCUGCCUGGAUUAAUCAGUAUGGGAAACAAUCUUUUGUAAAUGCAAAACUGUUUUUUGUAUAUACUGUUGGGAUUUGCUUCAUUGUUUGACAUCAAAUGAUGAUGUAAAGUUCAAAAGAGUGAAAUAUUUUGCCAUGUUCAGUUAAAGUGCACAGUCUGUUACAGGUUGACACAUUGCUUGACCUGAUUUAUGCAGAAUUAAUAAGCUAUUCAGAUAGUGUAGCUUUAAUGUGCUGCACGUGAUACUGGCAGCCCUUGAGUUCAUAGAUGGACUUUUGGGACCCAGCAGUUUGGAACAUGUAUAUGGAGUGUAAGAAAUUUAUUUUCCAGGUGCAGCCCCUGUCUAACUAAAAUUUCUUUUCACGUGUACACUUGACAGCUGAAAAAAACAUAUGGGAGUAAUAAUGGGUCAAAAUUUACAAAAUAAAGUACUGUUUUGGUGUGGGAGUUGUCAUGAGGCUGUGUUGAAGUGACUUACCUAUGUGGGAUAUUGAGUAUCCAUUGAGAUGGAUUUGUUCAGCCAUUUACAUUAAUGAGCAAUUAAAUGCAACAGAUAUCAUUUCAGGUGACUUAACAUGAAUGAAUAAAAGUCAAUGCUAUUGGAUUAUUUUUUGUUUGACAAGUGCUAUCUGUGCCACUAAUUUAUCUUCUAUAUAUAGUAACAAGGGCAUUACCAUUCUUCACCUUUCUAAUUCUGAUCCUGUAGUUUUGAUUUUCCUAUUUUGAUUCGCCCAUUGCUUUAUUUCUUAAAGUUCUAGCACAUCUGUGACUUCACUUCUACAUUUUUGCACUGCUUACACUUAGGUGCAAUCUUAUCCUUGUCUGCACACAGAUGUGGAAAGCUAGAAAUAAACGCUAAAGUUUAAUUUUUAUAAACUUUUUAAUUUGUAGUUUGGACAUGAUUUGUUGACUUAAGGUUCUUCUCUAAACAAAGUGAAAUGCAUGCCUUCUGAAGAUGUUCUGACUUUGUUGAUUUUGUAAUAAGCAUUUCAUUGGGAAAUAUCUGACUAUACAGUUUUUCCAAUAGUGAUCUUUUUCAUUUUGUUUUUUUGCUUAAAUAAUGACUCCAGGGUAGAUGACAUGCUCUUUAAACAUUUUAUAAUUUAAAUUAUGAAUGAGAAAUAACUGCUCCACAAGGUAAGAAAUACUGUUCUUUGGCUCUAUUUUCAAAAUAAUUACUUGAGACUCAUGUGCUCUCAAUAACAGCUUUAGUAGGCAUAUCACUUCUUGAAAGCCAAACAUGAAUAGAACACAUUUAUGAAACCACGGUGGAUCCCUAAUUGGCUUUCACAUAGACGUUUUUAGCCUUAGACAACCCUUAGGUAUUUGCAAGAUGACUUCCUAAAACCAUUGUCAUAGUAAUUAGUGAAUGUUUCCAGUUCUCUUUAUCUUUGACUUGAUGCUUUUAUACAUUUCAUUUGUCACUUCUAAGGGAAUAAGCCAUAGAGGCUUCUCCAGGUUUAAGAGAACAGUAUUUUAAAAUACCUGGAAAACCAACAUUUUUGAAUGUAUGGGCACUGGACGUGAGAUCAUCUACAAUGAGACCUUCAAAAGAAUCCAAGAGAUUUCCUUUUCCCCACCCCAUCUAGUAAUUUGAUAUUAGUGCCAUGUGUAGGACUAAAGUCCCACAGUGAAGUGAAGAUUCACAAAUUGAUUUUGGCUAUUCCUACAUCUCAAUGCAUAAACCUAUAAUUGAGGUCCAGUUGACCUGUCAGAGAUAAAUUUACAUUUUAAGUGACAGUCUUUUUCUUGGGCAAGUUUGCAAUGUGAUAAACUUUUUUUUAAAAAACUGAUUAGUUUGCUUUUUUGUGUGGGUGUACUCACAUUUUAAAGUAUGAACCACAGUUAACUAGUGGUCUCAGGGGUAGUGAAACACUCACUUUUUUUUAAUGGCUUAGUUGAAUACUUAGGGUACUGCUCAUGCUGUGUUAGUGAUGGGGGGGUGGGUAACUCAAACUAGCCAUGUUUUGUGUUGGCAUAACAAAACUGUUAAAUGAUUGUUGAUUACACUUUUAAGUGAAUUUGUCUUCUAUUUUAUGAGGAACCCAGUGCAAGUCACUAAAUAUUGUUUAAUAGUGACAUCUGCAUAAGACUUGUAAUAGCUAAAAGUUAAUGGAGCUUAAAGGAAUUGUUAUCAUUAAAGUCUGUGUUUAAAGACA